CAUUUCAUUACCAAUAAAAGAAGAACGCCACAAUAUUAAAUGCGAUGUACUUUGGCUCAACUGAUAAUUCGGUAGAGUCGGGUCGUACUUGAAUAUCCAGACAUAACUAUCCAAACUUUAGCGAAGAUCUCACUUGUGUAUAAGAAUGCAUUAUUUAGGGGUGACGGCCUUAUCUGUGUUCGUCAUACUGAACCACGAGUUUUACGCAGGUGUAUUCGGUGGCCAAACAUGUGGAACAAUACCAGACAUCGCCUGCCCUCAAACCAUUUCCGAGCACACCGGGGAAUUAGUGCAGCCUGUUCCCAAGUAUCUAACUCGUGAUCAUCCUGAAUAUGAAGUCAGAACACCACCGGCGAUGAGAGAUAAAGUCAACCUAUACUGCGCACAUCCAGCUUGUAACUCAAACCCGUGCCUUAACGAAGGAACGUGUAUAGAGGAACUAUUUGGAUAUAGCUGCUCUUGUGUCCGAGGAUACGGUGGGACACAUUGCGAAGAAAAUAUCGCUUGUAACUCAAACCCGUGCCUUAACGGAGGAACGUGUACGGAGAAACUAGUUGGAUAUAGCUGCUCGUGUGUCCAAGGAUACGGUGGGACACAUUGCGAAGAAAAUUUAAUAUGCCCUGACGGGUGGUUGUACGCGACCACAAAGUGUUUCAAAGUCCGCUAUUCAGCAAACUCACUUACUUUCGGCCAAGCUCGUGUAAGCUGCUCUUCUCUUCCCCUUGUCACCUUGGGUAAUGGGAAGACGACCGGUCCUUCCAUGAUUUACAUUGAGAGCAUCGAAGAGUUCGACAAAAUAAGACAUCUCUUGGACGGGAGUUACCUCUGGAAUCACUGCAAAAGAGAGAAUGGACAGUGGAAAUGCUACAGAAAUCGAAAUGGGGACUUAAGUUCCUACCGAAACUGGGGCACGAACCAACCGGAAAAUAUUAAUCUCAAAGGUUGCGCUCUGAUUUACGUGCCUGAUGGGAAGAUGCAUAACUACGACUGUAAUCAGGCAGCAGCCGUUGUGUGUCAAGUCAUCAUAUAGGGGUCAGAGGGGCUAGAGCCCUAAGCCCGCCAGGCACUCAGCAGCCGUUGUGUGUCAAGUCAUUUUUUUUUUUUUGUAAAGCGACGCAGAACAAAUUCAAAAAACCCAUUAAAUGCAUUGAAUAUACCCGUCAAAAUAAUGAACAGCUCGGAGGCCUUUGUCGAAAAUUGAUUUACCGGAGCGGCAGUUCCGUCCUAACUUUCAAAGCUGCUAAAAAUGGAAAAUGUGUCAUUUGGGCAGAGUUAGGACGAAACUACCUUCUUUAUAUAUCCCAAUAUUUGAUAUCAUUUAAUUUGAUGAAUCAGAAGACAAUAAUUAUUGUGAUGUAAUGUUAAUAAUGAUACAUCAUUAUCAUUAAUUUUCUACUGUGCCGUAUUCAUGGGGUAAAUGUCGGUAGUGGGAGAUAUAUUCCCCUUCAAAGGUGGAGGGGUGGCAUGUACAAUCAACCCCCUCCCUACCCCACCUACAUGUAAACGAUCUUUUUUUUUUAAGACAGAAAGGAUAAUUUUUUUAAUCAUCAAAUGAUAAAUAUUACUUUUUAAUGAGUAGAAUUAUCUUUACCUACAAUGUGCUUAAAUGACCUUUUUUUUCAGAUUGUGUAAGUACAGGGUUGGGCGAAGGGUUUUUUUUUUGGGGGGGGGGUUAAUUCUCUGGUGGUUAUGCCGUUUACUAUCCCUCAUUUUACUUACCUCUCAAAAAAACUGUGAUAACGUAUCUUCAUGGCUGAGCGGGCACAUUUUGUGACGUAUCAUCGUAGGGGGUUUAUGGUAAAAACGUCUCUAUCUUAAAAAUACAUGUUAAGUUGAAAUCUUUUAAAUAACAUGUAAUAAAUCUUUUUUUUUUACUUUGUAUGUUGAAGAUUCUACAGAUUAAUUUAAUCGUUUGCUAUCAAAAUUUUACUAUUUUACUAUGUAAAUAUGUAACGUUUUUAUUGUUCUUAAAUCUCAAUGCAUUUUACCUGCUACCAACUCUAAGUGAGUCAUGUAAGAUAUGGCGUGUAAAUGUUAAAAUGUGAUGAACGUGAUCUGUUUUUUUUUUCUUCUUUGUUUCCGUCAUGUUUUUCCUCCCUUUCUCUCCUCGCUUGUUCAUUCUCUCCAUUUAUAUCCCUACACCUUCACGACUUCCAUUAACAUUCGUCUAGUUUCCCUCUUUAUUUUCACUCACCUACCCCUGCAUUUUUCUUUUUUUCCACUGAAUUUUUUUCUUCUAAGAUCACAUAGUUCAUAUAAUUAGAGGUUUUUGUAUACUUUGAUACAAUUUUACGAUACUUUGUAUGUCUGUAAAAUUGAUCCCAAUUCGGCCUUUGGCUGCGAUGAUCUUUUAAUAAACCAUUUUAUAUAUAUAUCUAUAUAUCUAAAGCCCAUUUCACAAUUGACAUAUGACCAGUUUACGACCGCUUGCAACAGUUUUUUCUUGUUGUCGCACGAUCGAUCUUUUGGUGUCUUGCGAGCAUUCGCAGUCGUUUAUGACGAUCGCACGAACUCGAGGUGUUCGUGACUGGUCGCAUCUGAACUUUGAACAUGUUCAAGUCCAAACAAGAUCAAAUACGAUCGAUUCACUCGCAUCAGGUCGUGUCAUCGGUCGGGCGAUCAUCGUGUGAGUGUUGUUCAACGUUGUACGACCUGAUGCGAGAGGUGGCACAACUACACUGCAAAAAUGCCAGUGUUAAUUUAACACCAGCAUGGUAUGUAUAUCGGUCCACACCAGAGAGGUGUUGAAACAACACCAGUUUGGCCUUAAAAAAAGCUGACACCAAUAUGGCAUUCAAAUAACACAAAUUAGUGUUAAGCCAAUAUCGGUUUGAUUCUUAACUGGUGUUGUUUCAACACCUCUCUGGUGUGGACCGAUAUAGAUAUCAGGCUGGUGUUAAAUUAACACCAGCGUUUUUGCAGUGUAAAUAAUCACAUUAAGUCGACUGGAAGUCGUACAAACUUGCACAUGUGCUAGCGACUUACAGAGACCAGUCUUGCGACUUGGUGCGAUGAUAUAUAGGCCAUAAGACGGUUGCAAGACCGAUCGCAACACGGCUUAGAACAUUGCACUACCGUUGCAUUUGCAUGUAUGCGACCGUUCCUCGGUGUUACAAAAUAGAAGUUAAUAAUAAAUGAAAGAAAUGGCAGAAAAUAUAAAAAACAAAUGUAACAUAAACUGCACUAAAUUAAAAGGGCAAGAUAAGUUUAUGUUUUUGUCUUUUGAAACAUAAGUCAAACUUUUCCGAAAUAAAACCUAGAUAAAAUAGGGUAAAGGGCAUUCCUACCUCAACAAACAGGCCCGCAUACUGAAUUCGGGUUUAAAUUAAACUCUUCUAAGGUUGUCGUUUAAUUAAGGAUAACUAAUUGUUACAUAAAUCUGUAAUGGUGCAGAUUUAAUUUAUUAGCUCAUUCAAACAACAUAAUAUGUACAUACGCGCAUACAUACACGCACCUAGCCCAUUGCAGAUUGACUGACAGCCCAUUGGAAUCCCCAAGCUAUGGCAGCUAUUACAUUGCUCUGAGUUCGAAUUAGUCUAUACCUCGCAUCAAUUACACGAACACUCGCACUGGCUUCAUUCAAACGUACGAGCAAUCUCAUUGUCUCACGUGGACUCCACGACUAUGCAAUCAGUCGUGCAACUAAUGAGACUGAUAUCAAACCAAUCGCAGUCUUUCGUGCAACACUCGCAUGUGUAUCGCACGAGCACGAGAUGAAUAGGAAUGAUUGUUGUUGCAUCGUGUCGCGCGACCAAAAGUUCGCAAAUGGUCGUACGUCAAUUGUGAAAGGGGCUUAAUGUAGCGGAUUCUGAAAUACACACAUGCGCUUCAUUUCAAAUAUUGGCAAGCAGCAAUUCACUUAUUUUCGACAAAGACAUUUUGAUUGCUUUUUUCCCGAAGAGCAUUUUGACGAUUCAUUUGUUUUAUUCUUGAAAACGUUCUGAGUAGCGGAGCAAAAACUGACUAUGACACGAUCCAAAUACGAAGCGCUUGUUUCUCUAUAAAAUGUUAUUAUAAUUAUUUCAUUUCAAGUUUGGCAUAAUGCGAGGAAAAUUUAAAAAAGAGAGUUCUCGUUUCUACAAGCCUUGUCGGGAAAAGUUCAGAUCGGCUUCAAGCAUGUCAAGUCGCAGCCGGUGAUAAAGUCCUUAUGAUUAGGAAUUGAAGCUGUUGUUUCUUUUUUUAUUAUUACUGUAGGGAAGCUAGAAAUAGACUAGAAUUUCGAUUUUAGUACUUUUACAACUAUUGGGAUCUUCGAUUGAUAAGAUUUGAUAGGUUGGAAUAUUUAUUGGAAAGCUGAAAUGAUUUGUUUAAAAAUUGGAUCGCAACGAAUCGUUGUCAAGUUGUAGAUGCGCUUUUUUUAAGCCCCUUUCACAAUUGACGUCCGACCAGUUUACGACCGCCUGCAACAGUUUUUAUUUGUUGUUGCACGAUCGAUCUCUUGCGAGCACUCGCAGUCGUUUAUGACGAUCGCACGAACUCGAGGUGUUCGUGACUGGUCGCAUCUGAACUUUGAACAUGUUCAAAUCCAAACAAGAUCAAAUACGAUCGAUUCACUCGCAUCAGGCCGUACCCGGGGUCGUACCAUCGGUCGGGCGAUCAUCGUGCGAGUGUUGCUCAACGUUGUACGACUUGGUGCGAGAGGUGGCACAACUAAGUAGUCGCAUUUACUUGACUGGAGGUCGUGCAACACUUGCACAUGUGCAAGCGACCUACAUGUACAGAGACCUGUCUUGCGACUGGUUGCGAUAAUAAUAUGGGCCAUAAGAAUGUUGCAAGACCGCAACGGCUUACAACAUUGCACUACCGUUUCAUUCGCAUGUAUGCGACCGUUUCACUCGCAAUCCCUCGUGCAACGCUCGCAUGUGAUCGCACGAGCACAAUAAGAGCAUAUGCGACUUACUCGUGCAACGGGGUUUACUGGUUGUUUUUGUUGUACGACAGCUGUUGCAACUGUGAAAGCCUCUGUGCGAUCUUAUGAGAUGACUAGCGAUUGAUGCCUCUUGCAGCCUGUCGCACGGCCAAAAGGUCGCAAAUGGUCGUACGUCAAUUGUGAAAGGGCUGUAAGCCCCUUUCACAAUUGACGUACGACCUGUUUACGACCACCUGCAACAGUUUUUUCUUGUUGUUGCACGAUCGAUCCCUUGGUGUCUUGCGAGCACUCGCAGUCGUUGUAGACGAUCGCACAAACUCGAGGUGGUCGGAGGUGAUCGUGACUGGUCGCAUCUGAACUUUGAACAUGUUCAAAAUCCAAACGCGAUCAAAUACGAUUGAUUCACUCGCAACAGGUCGUACCAUCGGUCGGGUGAUCAUCGUGUGAGUGUUGUUCAACGUUGUACGACUUGGUGCGAGAGGUGGCACAACAAAGUAUAGUCGCAUUUAGUCGACUGGAGGUCGUACAACACUUGCACAUGUGCUGGAGACCUACAGAGACCAGUCUUGCGACUGGGUGCGAUAAUAUGAGACUGUUGCAAGACCAAUCGAAAUUACGGCUUACUACAUUCCACUACCGUUGCAUUCGCAUGUAUGCGACCGUUCAGCCCCUUUCACAAUUGACGUCCGACCAGUUUACGACCGCCUGCAACAGUUUUUUCUUGUUGUUGCACGAUCGAUCUCUUGGUGUCUUGCGAGCACUCGCAGUCGUUGUAGACGGUCGCACGAACUCGAGGUGGUCGUGACUGGUCACAUCUGAACUUUGAACAUGUUCAAAAUCCGAACGCGAUCAAAUACGAUCGAUUCACUCGCAUCAGGCCGUACCUGGGGUCGUACCAUCGGUCGGGCGAUCAUCGUGCGAGUGUUGUUCAACGUUGUACGACUUGGUGCGAGAGGUGGCACAUCUAAGUAGUCGCAUUUACUUGACUGGAGGUCUUGCAACACUUGCACAUGUGCAAGCGACCUACAUGUACAGAGACCUGUCUUGCGACUGUUGCGAUAAUAAUAUGAGCCAUAAGACUGUUGCAAGACCGAUCGCAACGGCUUACAACAUUGCACUACCGUUUCAUUCGCAUGUAUGCGACCGUUCCACUCGCAAUCCCUCGUGCAACACUCGCAUGUGAUCGCACGAGCACAAUAAGAGCAUAUGCGACUUACUCGUGCAACGGGGUUUACUGGUUGUUUUUGUUGUACGACAGCUGUUGCAACUGUGAAAGCCUCUGUGCGAUCUUAUGAGAUGACUAGCGAUUGAUGCCUGUUGCAGCCUGUCGCACGACCAAAAGGUCGCAAAUGGUCGUACGUCAAUUGUGAAAGGGGCUUUAGGGGGGCAGUUUUACGGAUCUAUCCGAACAGUCAUUGACUUACACCAGCAGUAUUUCCUCUUCCCCUCCUUAUCCAUCUAUCGUCCAUUAUACUUUGUGGAAGACCAAUGUGAUUUAGCAUUUUAGCUUGUUUAAUACUCAUCAGUAGUUAGCUGAAUUAAAGUAAGUACUUGAGCUUUUUGUUAUUUGCUGAAUUAGAAAUUCCUUUUUGUCCUUGGAAUAAAUAGGCGCUUUGCAUAAUAUCUUCACAAAUUUUCAUUCAAUACACGCCUGAGUAGCAAAAAAUAAGACAGUUGAAAAGUAAUUUGUUUUCUGUGUAAAUAUUUCUUUGAGUAGUCUGCUUCAGUUGCAAAAUAAUGAAAGUAUGCACUGGUCAUUGUUUAUUCUAUGUGUAUCAAUAGUUAGCCCAUCUAAGUUUAGUACCGAAUUGUGUUCUUCUUUAUUAAUAAAUCGGAAUAUCAGUUUGCCUUUCAAAUAAAUAUGCGUUAUGAAUAAUAUCUUUACAUAUUUGUAAAAUCGUGUGCCUGAGUAGUAACAAUGGAAUAGUUGACAAGGUCGUUUUUCUUGAAUCCGUGUAAAUAUUACAUGUCAUAUAACUAUUUAAUUGCAACAAUAUACAAAUCAAAUAGUGUGCUUGUAUUGCAAAAUAAUAAAAGUGUGAAGUGCAUAUUAUUUAUUCCUUGUACAUCAGUAAUAAUCUUUAUCCUGUGUAAAGAUUACUUGUCAAACAGCCUUACAAUUGCAAAACUACUAGUAAUUAAAUCAAGUAGUGUGUUUUAAUGUCAAUAUAUUAAGAGUGUGCAGUGUUCAUUAUUAUAUGUUCAUACAUUUAUUUACAUGCCAUUCCGUGAGUAGUUUGCCAAUUUAAAGUUGGUAAGGGAUAUCAGUGUGCAUUCAAAUCAUACACCUGAUCGGGAAAAAUAAGCCAAUUGAAAAUGAUUUUUUUUAUUUCGUCUGUGUAAAUAUUACAUGUCAUAUACCUAUACUAUUGCAUAAAAAAUAAAAUCGAAUAAGUGUGCUUUCAUUACAAAAUAAUAAAAAAAAGUGCAACGUGUAUUAUUUAUUCCAUUUACAUCAGGGGGAAAGGUGUGUUUUUUUAGUUUGCGUAAAUAUUGCGUGUGAUACAACUAUACAAUUGCAUGAGUAAUUAAAUCGAGUAAAUGUGCUUUCAUUGCAAAAUAUUAAAAGUGUGCAACGUGUUAUUCCGUGUACACCAGUAAUCCGGUGAAUUUGUUUCUGUGUAAACAUUGCAUGUC